AUGUCCAACUGCUACUGGCACAAAAAGCUUGAUGAAGAGUCAUCCUAUCUGUAUGCAUUCAACACACCGUUCGGCCGAUACAAGUUCAAUCGCAUGCCUUUUGGCAUAUGUUCUGCAUCGGAUGUAGCGCAGAAAAUGGUAGAUGAUGAAUUUUCUGACAUCCUUGGUGCACUAGCAGUACAUGAUGACAUCAUAGUCUCAGGUGCCAACACAGAAGAGCAUGACAUAGCUCUAGAGAAAGUCCUACAUCGAGCAAGAGAACGAAACAUAAAAUUCAACAAGAAGAAGAUCCAACUACGAGUCACUGAAGUGAAAUAUCUUGGCAACAUCGUUUGUGCUAAAGGAUUAACUCUUGAUCCUGAGAAGAUUAAAGCCAUUGUCGAAAUGCCUCUACCAAAGGGCAAGCAAGAUUUACAACGCCUAUUAGGAAUGGUGAACUAUCUUUCACAGUAUAUACCCAACAUGUCUGAGAUCACUGCGCCACUGCGUACCCUUCUCAAGAAAGACAUACAAUGGUCCUGGCACAACGAACACCAGAAAGCACUCGAAAGAAUCAAGAAAGUCCUCACAAGCAGUCCAGUUUUGCACUUCUACGACAUCGAUAAGCCUGUUACCCUCCAAGUUGAUGCGUCACAAGGUGGACUGGGUGCAUGUUUAAUUUAG